GGAGGGGACCUUUAGCUGCCUUGACCCAUAAAAUUGUCAAGUCGUCUUACUGUAAGGAACGUCGCAUUCAAUCAUCAACUCUCAACCCCCAGCUCUCGUCAGCCGCGACAACGAGGUCCCACCUUUAGUCUACCCUUACUCAUAUAAUUUCGUCAGACCAUAAGUUCUUUGCGUCCCCGUCGUCUCGGUCCGAUAUGAGAAAGACGACCUUUUCCUAAGGCUCCUAAGGCGUAGCAUGGCAAGCGACAUUCCAUGAACAAUAAUCCUCCCGCCGUUCUCAGCCUCGAGGACAUAUAACUCUACCAACUGUCAAAUUAGAGAGAAUAGAAUAGUAGAUAACCGGAAUAUACUGAGACGGAUAUGGCGACGCUUGAGAACGGGUCGGCUCCGUCCCAUCCCCGUACGAACGGCACGACGUCCAACGAGCUCGAGGUUCUAUGUCACAGGUUCAAGGCUAAGGUGGACAGCUUUCUCGAUACACCCACAGAGGAUAAUAUCCUCAAUUCCGUGAAGAACCAAAUAAUUAUCGCAAGAGGUGUUAUAGACGAAGCGUUACGGCGAUAUAGACCCGAAGAGUUAUCUAUAUCUUAUAAUGGCGGGAAAGACUGCCUCGUCCUAUUAAUACUAAUUCUCGCCUCACUCCCCGCAUCCAUUUCAUUACAGCCAUCCUCGUCACAGUCCUCGGCAGCCGCCCAACCCGAAUCUUCCUCGCCUCUGCCGUUCCCGCACCGACUACAAGCCCUUUAUAUUCGGCCGCCUCUCCCCUUUGCUGAGGUAGAUGAAUUCGUCACGACGACCUCGUCAGUUUACCACCUCGAUCUCACCACGUCGAACCAGCCCAUGAAGCCUGCCUUGACUGAAUACCUGCGCGACCGCCCCGAGGUCAAAGCCGUGUUUGUCGGAACGAGGAGGACUGAUCCACACGGCGCAGCCCUGACUUUCUUCGAUGAGACAGAUGACGAUUGGCCUCGCUUCAUGCGCGUACACCCCGUCAUCGACUGGCAUUAUCGCGAGGUUUGGGGUUUUAUACGAGCUCUAGACAUUCCAUACUGCCCACUUUACGAUAUGGGAUACACAUCGCUAGGCGGCAUAGACGAUACGCACCCAAAUCCGGCGCUAAAGGAGGGCGGGAAAGGGUCUAGCAGCAAAGUAGACGGGCAACACUUUCGACCGGCGUAUGAGUUAACGGAAGAUAGAGAAGAGAGGCUAGGUAGAGAUCGAUAGUGUUAUCAUGUUCUUAUAAGGAGAAUAAGUAGCGGAUAGCUCGCACGAAAUCCUAGUGAUGAUAAACACGAUUCGGUGGACUAAGGGCAGCAUCUUUGGUAUUAUACACAGGCCUAUGUCUAUACAUAUGUACUCUUACACGGAGACAGGAAAGUUCGAAGAUCCGAGCUGCUCGGACGGGUUGGUUAGAUAAAGGGAGGAUUGGUUACUCACCUACUUAUUUGGUUUCCUCCUUAUAGAUAUUUAUCUCCGCUUACUUUCUCUAGAGUUACUGGGAGAAGCAAUAGAUAGGCAGAUGCGCUCAUUAUGAGAUUUGGUUGAUUUAAACGUAAUAGACGACUCUUAUGUGUUAUGGAUCUAGUAGGUGUAGGGAAUAGAGAGGCUUGUUAGUUACGGGUGAUACAAGACGGGCUGCUGAUUAUAUAUGAGGGGUUGAUCGGGACAGAAUGAGAAAUGAUGUCCAACCUUAAAGGAUCUUAUGUAGCGGAAUUAAUAUUCAAAGGCUUACUGUUAA